UGAUUUGUAAACUUAGUAGGUAUAAUAUUUUUGGUUAGUUUGAUAAGUUGUUGGGGGUGUGUUUGGGUUUUAUUGUUAUGUAAAGUUUUGGUGAUGAUGGUUUAUUCAUGGGUAGUAGAACAGUAAAUAGUGGAGCUCAAAUUAGUAAAAAAGGCGUUAACGGGAUGCCCAGCUACGGUCCUCCAGUUCCAACUUCUAAUCAAAUGGGCUCAGAAGCAAACACAGUUCAUUCUCAAAUUCCUGACUUUGGAACACUAGAGCAAUCGCUUGGACUUCGCAUAGAGGAUGCUGUUGACCUUAGCAGAAGUAAUGUACUUUAUCAAAUGAAGUCAAGUAGCCAGGCAGUAGGCACCGAUGUCCAAUUUGGCUCUGUGAAUAAGUUUCUAUCACUACAGAAAGAACUGCAAUCAAAUUUGGUUUCUGUACCUAGUGGUCAUCCUGAGAACUGGGGAGAGUCCAAUAUGGCAGAAGCCAGUCCUAGAACUGAUACCUCAACAGAUGAUACAGAAGAUAAAAAUCAAAGGUUUGAAAGGGGUCAAUCGAUGGCAGUUGCAGCCUCUGAUUCGAGUGACAAAUCAAAAGAAAAAUCAGGGGAUCAGAAGACAUUACGCAGGCUUGCUCAAAAUCGUGAGGCUGCAAGGAAGAGCCGGUUAAGGAAAAAGGCAUAUGUACAACAGCUGGAGAGCAGUCGGCUGAAGUUGACUCAACUUGAGCAAGAGCUGCAGCGGGCACGCCAGCAGGGCAUAUUUAUUUCAAGUUCAGGAGAUCAAUCUCAUUCAAUGAGUGGAAAUGGUGCCUUGGCAUUUGAUGUUGAAUAUGCACGGUGGCUGGAAGAGCACAACAGGCAGAUCAAUGAGUUGAGAGCUGCAGUCAAUUCUCAUGCUGGUGACACUGAACUCCGCACUACUGUUGACAACGUUACAGCACAGUUUGAUGACAUUUUCAGGCUCAAAGGGAUUGCUGCAAAAGCUGAUAUCUUCCAUAUCUUGUCUGGAAUGUGGAAGACACCAGCAGAAAGGUGUUUUAUGUGGAUUGGUGGGUUCCGAUCAUCUGAGCUCCUCAAGCUUCUUGUGAACCAAUUGGAGCCUCUAACUGAGCAGCAGUUGGUGGCCAUCUACAGCUUGCAGCAAUCAUCCCAACAGGCUGAAGAUGCUCUUUCACAAGGGAUGGAUGCAUUGCAGCAAUCGCUGGCCGAGACUCUGGCCAAUGGCUCACCCAGCCCAUCAGGAUCAUCUGGGAAUGUGGCAAACUACAUGGGUCAAAUGGCCAUGGCAAUGGGAAAGCUAGGAACUCUUGAAGGGUUCUUACGUCAGGCAGAUAAUCUGCGUCAGCAAACACUACAACAAAUGCAUCGAAUAUUAACGACUCGGCAAUCAGCCCGUGCCCUGCUUGCAAUAAAUGACUAUUUCUCUAGGCUUAGGGCUCUCAGUUCCCUCUGGCUGGCACGUCCACGGGAGUGAACACAGUAGGUUGGUUCUCUUGAAAGUUAUGAAGAAGUUUAUAUGACUCCGUAGCUGAUUAAAUUAUAACAAAGAGCUUUUGGGGGUAGCUGUAACAUGGAUAUAGGGUGGAGCUCAGCCAUUGUUGAAGUCCAUUGGGAGCAUAUAUUUACUGUAUUUAUAGGUUCCAUCUGUAGUUAUAACAUGAGAAAUGUUCUUUUAGGUGUUGUAUGUUUAUUUGUUGUAUUGUAAAACAAAUAGUGCUAAUAAUCUGAAUGAAAUAGAAGUGGUAUAUGUAACAUAGGUUACAGUGUUCAAUUUGUUUACCAGAUUUCACAUUUAAUCAUGGUGGAAUACUUUUCCAUUUUGGCUGCC